AUGUCGCCCUCCAUCGACUUCUUCCCCCAUAUUGAGGAGGCUUCUUCAUCUUCUGCGCCGUCGUUUAUGUCCGUGUCGAUACCAAAGGACGACGCGCCGGAUGCCUUCAGGGACACACCAUCGCCUAGCCCGUCUCCCACACUUCCGACGACCUCAUUAGAUGGAGUCUACUAUAAUGCUCGUCUGGAUCCUAAAAACUUUCUGCAUGGGCCUCUGUCACCCAACCCUGCUACGCGACUGAGGCAAAUGUUGGCGAGGCCCGGUAUCGUGGUUGCUCCUGGCAUUUGCGACGGAAUCAGCGCCCGAUGCGCCAUUGAGGCCGGGUUCACAUGUUUGUAUCAGAGUGGAGCUGCUACCACUGCCUCUCGUCUGGGUCAGCCUGACCUGGCUAUCGCCACUCUAAAUGACUUCGUCGGCGCUGCCCAGAUGGUAUGUAGUCUGGACCCCACCAUGCCCGUAAUCGCCGAUGCAGACACUGGCUUUGGUGGACCUGCUAUGAUCGCGCGAACUGUCACUCAAUAUGCAAGAGCUGGCGUGGCUGCGCUUCAUAUCGAGGAUCAAGUUCAAACCAAACGCUGUGGUCAUUUAUUGGGCAAACAGGUGGUCUCAAGGGAUGAGUUUGUCACUCGUGUCCGUGCAGCGGUCCUUGCUCGGGACUCAAUACCAGGCGGCUCCGAUUUUGUUAUCAUCGCUCGCACUGAUUCCGCUCAGGUCCUUGGCAUGGAGGAAGCAGUAUAUCGACUGAAGCUCGCCGCUGAUGUCGGUGCCGAUGUCUGCUUCAUCGAAGGCGUGAAAACGAAGGAGCUCUUGGAGUCGACGGUUGCCGCCUUGGCUCCUAAACCCGUUCUCGUCAACGUUAUUUCUGGUGGAUUGACACCAUCGUUUACCACCCUCGAAGCAGAGCAAAUGGGAGCUAAGAUUAUCAUCUUCUCUCUCGUUUCCAGCGUCGCAAUGGUACAUGCUUGCCGCAAUGCGAUGCAGCUUUUGAAAAAGACAGGGACAGACUUUACCUCUGCUCAGGGCAUGGACCCUAAAGCCUUCUUCGAAGUAAUGGGUUUGAAUGAGGUCGUUGAGUUCGAUGCUAAAGCGGGAGGAAAUGCCUUCGCCACGAUCUAA